AUGGCCCGCUGGCUCCGGGAGCACCUGGGCUUCCGCAGCGCCAAGCCCGCGCCGCCUGCGCCGCCCAAGCCCGACUACCGGGCGGGCCUGCCCCAGCCGCCCCCGCCACCGGGGGGCGCCCCCGCCGCUCCGCUCUGCCCGGCCGCGGCCCAGCCCGACAUCCUGGCCGCCUACAAGCUGCAGCGGGACCGGGACUUCGAGGACCCCUACACGGGGGCUGGCCCGGGGGGGCUCGCGCCCGACGCCCGCUACGGCUCGCCCAAGCACCGGCUCAUCAAGGUGGACGCGGCGGAGAAGGCGCCCGAGGAGCCCGCCCCGGAGCAGGUGAUUGUCCUCGAGGACUAUGCAGAUCCCUUCGAUGCCAAGCAAGCAGCCAGUGGCCAGCCGGGGCAGGAGAAGGUGGCAGAAAACGAUGGGUACAUGGAGCCCUACGAGGCCCAGAAGAUGAUGGCUGAGAUCCGCCUGAAGGGCUCCCUCGAGGCCCCUGGCCAGCCGCUGCCCCUGUACGACACACCCUAUGAGCCAGUGCCCAAUGGGCUACCCCCAGACAGCGAGCGCCCAUCCUGUGCCCGGCCCCGGGAGUCGCGGCUGCCCCAGGAUGAUGAGCGCCCACCCGAGGAGUACGACCAGCCCUGGGAGUGGAAGAAGGAGCGCAUCUCCAAGGCCUUUGCAGGCCAUUGUGAGGGGCCAGGGCAUGGCCACUCGUCACCCAGCAGGGAGGAGAAGGCCCGAACUGCGAACAGACACGUGAGUGGGAACCCCAAGACAGAGCCCAGCCCGGCCCUCGGGGAGAGGAUCAACCCCACCCUGCCUCUGGAGAGCCAGUGCUGGUACCAUGGGGCGAUCAGCCGGACGGAUGCUGAGACCCUGCUGAGGCUGUGCAAGGAGGCCAGUUAUCUGGUGCGCAACAGCGAGACCAGCAAGAACGACUUCUCUCUCUCCCUCAAGAGCAGCCAGGGUUUCAUGCACAUGAAACUCUCCCGCACCCAGGAGAACAAAUACGUGCUGGGCCAGAACAGCCCCCUGUUUGACAGUGUGCCCAAGAUCAUCCACCACUACACCAGCCACAAGCUGCCCAUCAAAGGGGCUGAGCACAUGUCCCUGCUCUACCCAGUGGCUAUCCGAACCCUAUAGCCUGCUGUGCACCCAGGGAGCACCCAGCUUGGGCCUGGCAUGCGCGCAGCUCCCCCAGGCAGAGCCAAGGAAGGGCUCCGGACAGCUGGCCAAAGUACAGACUCACUGGUACAGCUGGCUCUGGGCCCGGCGCUGGGAGUGGCCGGACCACAAGCUGCACUCUGGCUUCUUGCCAACACAGUAGGGAGCUUCCCAAACCCUAGGGGAUGCGCCCCUUCUCUGGGACCAGCUUGUGUACAUACCCCGUGGAAAGGGCCAGGUCCGACUACCACUGUGUCCACCGCCCCCUCGCCGGUCUCCUGCCUGCAGGCCUGGCCCAGGUGGCUCCCACGGUUCCCGUUGCCAAGGCUGGGAAAAGAACGGGGGCCUGGGCUUUGGUGGAGUCCCAGGGACCAAGGGGGGAAUUGGGAGAUAAUUUAUUGCUAAGGCAGGUAAGUGGCCCCUUUCCGGAGGUGCUGAAGCCCCUGGCAGCACUGGCCUGCCUACGGGGAGUGUGAAGGAGCUGAGGGGAUGCGCCCGUUGUGUAUGCCUUGACCUCCCUCAGAUAUCACAGAGAAUUCCUAACGCUUUUUUCCACAGCAGGAAUAAGAGCAGGGGCGGGGGGUGUUGGUCCUGCUCCUGACCCGUCUCCACCCCCGUUGCAUUAGAGGGGGCAGUGAGAGCUGGAUCGAGCCCACUGGGCUGCCCCGGUGAGACUGUUUCACCAUGGAAGAGGUUGUUGGAGGAGGACCGCGCCGUGGGACAGGACAGGCGGCCAGCUGGCGCAGCUCACUGCAGAGCUGGGUCCAUGGGCCCAGGACAAUCCGCCACCCUCCUUGGCUAAAUGUACACACUGAGUGUGCCGUACCAGCACCCAAUAAAGUCAUGCAAAGCUGCCAGCCACCCUCCCUGUGAGACGCAGCGCUCGCGUCCACCUGUGCAGCUACAGCACAUGGGGUCUCCAAUGAUGGGGCUUACUGGGGAGCUGGGCUGGGAGGGGACACCUGUGAGAAGGUUACUGCCCCACCCUUGAGGGACACAUCCCGCCCCUCCCCCCUGACAUUGCGUGGCAGUCUGUUCCCCCAGUUUGGGGCUGGGGGGGAUUUGGGUAGCGUCACCUGCCCAAGUGAGAGGCUCCCGGCCCUUCCCUUUUGAGGGUGGCAAGGCCUGGGUCACAAGGCCAGUGCUCAGGCCUGUCUCACCAUCAGUGCACACUUGGCCCUGUAGCGUCGAGGGUCCUUCCCCCCCCAAGACCGAGGGCCAUGCUCCUCCAGCUGUUCCAGCUGUGGGGAUGGAGAGAAACCAGAGGGCUGCUGGCCAAGAGCCCCAACUCCGGACAGGAGAUGACCUGGACACCUUGCAGCCUGUCCUCAGUGGGGCUUGAGCAGGAGCAAACUCCAAGCUUGGGAUGAGCCAGGCUCCAGCCAGGUCCAUGCUGAGGAGCAACCCCCAAGCAUGGGGCAGACCA